AUGGCUGCAGCGCAGGUCUCCAAGGCCAUCCCGGUCGAGACACAGCAUGAGGACAUGAUUCACGAUGCCCAGCUCGACUACUACGGUAAGCGGCUGGCAACGGCGUCGUCGGACAAGACGAUCCGCAUCUUCAACACCGUCAAAGGCGAAGCCAAGGGCGAACCCGUUGUGCUGAAGGGCCACACUGCGCCAGUCUGGCAGGUUUCGUGGGCGCACCCUUCGUUUGGGUCGAUCCUUGCCUCGUGCUCGUACGACGGUCGGGUAUUCAUCUGGAAGGAGGUCGGCCCUGGUGCAGGCAAGAGCAGCGGCGGCGAGGUGCAGGACGGCUGGGAGCGGAUCAAGGAGCACACCCUCCACUCGGCCAGUGUGAACUCCAUUGCGUGGGCUCCGUACGACUUUGGACCGAUCCUCGCAUGCGCAAGCUCGGACGGCAAGAUCUCCGUCCUCACCUUCCAGAACGACGGCUCGACCGACGCGGUCAUCUUCAACGCUCACGGUUCGGGCGCCAACGCCAUUUCUUGGGCGCCGUCCGUCCUCGCCAACCCCACUGGCGGCAAGCCUGGGCAGCCGCAGCCGGGCGUGACUUCUGCCAAGCGCUUGGUGUCGGGCGGAAGCGAUAACGCUAUCCGUAUCUGGGUCUUUGACGAGGCUGCCAAGAAGUGGAUCGAGGAGGAGGAGAUCAAGGAGCACGACAACUGGGUCCGCGACGUCGCGUGGGCCCCUAACAUUGGCCUUCCCGGGAUGUACAUUGCGAGCGCGAGCGAGGACCGCACAGUCAAGAUCCACACGCGCGCGUCGCAAGACUCUGCAUGGCAGAGCACUGCACUGCUCCCCGGUGCGCCAGCGUCCUCGGACCCCCACUUCCCCGCCGCCGUGUGGCGCGUGUCCUGGAGCAUUGCGGGCAACAUCCUUGCGGUCAGCUGUGGCGACGGCAAGGUGAGCCUGUGGAAGGAGGGUGUCGGCAAGGGCUGGGAGUGUGUCAGCGACUUCUCCAGCUAG